UAAAAAGAGCCUGACCCCCGCACGUCUGUGAACAUGGCGCUGCGAGCGGUGCGGAGCGUGCGGGCUGCGGCCUGCAGUCUGCGCGUCGCCUCCGCGCCCGCCGCACCGUGCCUGACGCGGCCCUGGGGGCUGAGGGCGGGCGCCGUCCGGACACUGCGCACGGGCUCCGCUCUGCUCUCCGUGCGUAAAUUCACAGACAAACAUGAAUGGAUAACAACAGAAAAUGGUAUUGGAACAGUGGGAAUCAGCAAUUUUGCACAGGAAGCUCUGGGAGAUGUUUACUGUAGUCUGCCUGAAGUUGGGACAAAACUGAGCAAACAAGAUGAGUUUGGUGCUUUGGAAAGUGUGAAAGCUGCUAGUGAACUCUAUUCUCUAUCAGGAGAAGUAACUGAAAUUAAUGAAGCUCUUGCAGAAAAUCCAGGACUUGUCAACAAAUCUUGUUAUGAAGAUGGUUGGCUGAUCAAGAUAGCACUCAGUGAUCCUUCAGAACUGGAUGAAUUAAUGAGUGAAGAAGCGUAUGAGAAAUACAUAAAAUCUAUUGAGGAGUGAAAAUGGAACCCCUAAAUAAACUAGUAUGAAACAACUUAAUCUAGCAUAGUUGUCUUAAAUUAGUGGUACACAGAGGAUUUAAAAUAGCAACUAUUAGCAAUACCAGUGGAGAAACUACUUGCAACAAUGCUAAUGGAAGAAAAUACCCCUUAACUUUAUAACGUUUGCAGAAAAACACAACAUGCAUCUGUUUUGCAACACCCUCUGAUUUUUAUGCUCCAGUUAUAAUAUUCAGAAUCCUGAAAUUAUCUUUGGUUAAAAACUAGUUAUAAAAAUUAUGUAAUUCAAGGAUGACAUUGUUGCCUUAAGCCUUAAGCUUACAUCUAUCCCUGGAUGGGGGUCAAAAUGCUUAAAUAAUCUUUCCAUUGGACAUAACUGGCAGUAGAGAAAGGUUUGUUAGUUGUAUGUGUCAGAUAAAGAACAAUACUACCUUAAUUUUGCAAUAUACUGCACUUGCUGGUGCUAUUUUUAUACAAUGAAGCAACAGCCUUGCAGGAAGAUAGUUUAAUAAUAAAACAUUCAACUUCUUCGUUAUUCAUGUUUUUUGUUUUAAUACUUCAUUUAGUGACUCUGCUAGUAUUUGUGAAAAUGCUAAUUUUAACUUAUGGAAAGUUAUUUUUUUAAAAGGAAAUUUAAGCCAUAGCAAUGAAAGGUUCCAAGAAAAUGUUUCCUUUUAGUCACAAAUCUGGUUUUUCGUAAAGACCUAAUUGCCUGAUAGCAUUAAGUACCAUUUUUGGUCAUCUUUAAUAUAAUCACAAAGAAAGCACUGAAAAAAAAAAAAAAAGAGCCUGAAAUAGUUAACUGAGAUGAGUCCUUUGGAAUAUAUGAGGCAAGUGGGCACAGCCAUGCAGCCAGAGAAUGUAGGCACUUGAGGGGAUACGUUGGGUCGCCGUCACAUAAGAAGUAUUAUAAGAGACGCUACUAUCCUAGAGUCAGGAUUACAUAGUGUUGCUCAUGGAUUUUGAAUUCACGUUUCUUUCCAUAAAAAAUAAGAAAGGGCAAUCCAUUCAGUGCACAGGGCCACUUAAAAAUAGUUUAGCAAACAUGUACCAAAUAGUCAUCAACAAAAUGUUACCUGCAUAACCAAAAGAUCUACUUUGGUGGUAAGGAUGCCCUUCUGAACAAUGGAACUAUCAGUUGUCCCAGGCAGCCACAGAAUGGGAAAAGUUCCAUACAGUUUGUUUCAAAGGUACUUGCUUAUUAGGUUCGCCCCCCUCCCCCCCACUCCCCUCUCAGGGUCAGAAAAUUCCAAACCACCUCUAGAGGGCUUAUGAGGAAUAUCCUACGGCUCAAACACUCAAAAUAAUUGCAUGGGUCUUAAACUUAGGUUUCCAUCCUUGGUCUCAAACUCAAACUGAAUCAUAUUAAGGACUGAGCAGUUGGCUUUUGUUUCUAUGCGUGCUGCCCUGUAUUAGCAGAAGUCACUGCUAAAAGAAUCAUCAGUCACCUUCUUGGCUAUUCAGGUGAGGGAGGCAUUUGAGCCAAGAGACAGCCAAGGUCUUGGAUAUUCCAGGCUCUUGUUUGGCUCUUUUCCUUGGCACGUAGAAACAUGCCAAGGAGAAGGUCUGGAUCUUAAUCUUGACUCUGCAAACCAGAGCUGUGGGGCUUCAGAUUCCUGAACCUCUCAACUUCAUUUUUUGCCAUUUUGUUAAAUGAGGCCAGUGGCCAAGCCAGAAGGUUAUUAUAAGGAUUAAAAUAAUGUAUAAUUUAGCACCCAAUAUUAAAAUACAGCCCUUUCCUCACACAGUGUAAGCCUUAGGUUCUUGAUAACAGCUGUGAAAAGGCCACAGAGAAGUAUCCCCAAAGGAUAGGCUUAAAGUUGCUGUAAUAGCCUUUUCUGUAACGUUUUUUCAACGCUGGAUGCAGGAGAAAGCCUAUACUUGGGAACUAGGUCUAAGGAACUUUAGAAAAUUUCUAUCCUUAAGGAUGCAAAAUAGGGGGCAAAUUGAACGAGGUAUCUUAGUCUUA